AUGGAUAUUCAUGAUUUUAGACAGCUCGUCGAGCUGAAGCCUGAUUUAGAGCCGUUGAAUACAAUAUGUCGGUGUUGUAUGACGACGGGAAAACGAAUGAAAAAUGUUGUGCUAUUCAGUGCUUUUUUUAGAGAUUUAGCCGGCAUAAAUGUAACGGAAUCAGAUGGACUACCGCAAUGGCUUUGCUACGAAUGCAGUGCACUUCUAAUAAAGGCCGUACGCUUCAAACACAAGCUAAUACGGGCUCAUACGUUGCUCAAUGAGUACCUCAAUAGAUGUGCUCCAUUUCCCAUAGACGCCCAAGAUGUAGAGCUAAGCAAAUACUCAACUCCACCACUCAGUGCCACUACCACCCUAUCGUUUGACGUCGCCGGCAAAGCCAGGAUAGGGUACCACAGGGUCCUACAGCACAAGAAACAAAUCCUAAAGACUGAAUUAGACGGCAUACUCCUUCCGGCUCCCGUACACGAUGUCCCCUUCGUCUCGGCUGCGAAUGACGUCAGCAAAGUGGAGGAGAACGUCAAAACCGAGUUGGACUUUUCGGAUUAUGAGGACAAUAUCACAUUGGAAGAGUAUAGGUCAAAUGUGAAAUUAACAGAAGAAGAAGUAAGUAAAAUAACGGAAGACGAUCUAGCCCAGCUCCUUCAGGAGAGCGAGAGCCUCGAGUUGACAGAGAAGAACGGAGACGGUGACAAAAAGAAACGUAGAGGGAGAAAGAAAGAGGAUAAAGUUAAAAAGAGAAAGACAAGAGACGUCCGAAAAGAGGAACCUGUAGAAAAAAAAUCGUCAAUCCGUAAGCCCAUCGAGCUGGACCCAACGAAGAUCAGAGUGGUUACGCUGAACCCUGAAGAGCAAGUUAAACAGAGAGAGGAAGAGAGCAAAGCAAACCUGAAGUUUCCAUAUCAAUGCAAUUUCUGUUUCAAAGGCUUCAACUUCGAGGCCAAACUGCAAAACCAUAUGGGUAAACAUAGCCCGUCUCGUGGUCAGUUUGAGUGCAAACUCUGUCGCAUGUACCUACCGACGUCGUACAGUUAUAGUGUGCACUCUCUGAUACACACUCGCCGGUACGAGUGCCUGCAGUGUGGACGGCGCAUGAUCGACCGGGCGUCUAUACUGGAUCAUUACAAAUCACAACACGAAGGAAUUAUGACAGUAUACACAUGUCAUAUUUGUGGAAAGGUAUCCAACAACAGCAAAACUCACCGAGGUCACAUGCGCAACCACCACAGCGGCGAUCGGCCGAAGUGUGACCAGUGCGGGAAAUCCUUUGUCAACAAAGACUCCUUGUCGGAACAUUUGCAGAUCCAUGAAGGCAUAAAGAAUUAUUCAUGCUGGGUAUGCGGCGCGCGGUUCCGCACUCGCGCGCAGAUUAAGCAUCAUCAGUUGAAACACACCGAUGCCAAAGAAUUCUAUUGCGUCGAGUGCGACACUAGGUUCAAAUCAGCGCAUAGUCUCCGCCAGCACCUCCAGAAAAGCCUCAAACACAAAGACAAGCAAAGCCUCAAGUUCUGCUGUUCACGAUGCGACAAGCGAUUCGACACGGAAGCUAGGCUACAGCAUCACGUGAAUGUACAACACGAAGGAAUCAGGUCCCACCGCUGCCCGCACUGCACCGCCACUCUAGCGACGCGCAGCUCUCUGCAGAAGCACGUGCAUUCCGUGCACAGAGGACACCGGCCGCCGCCACGACACGUGUGCGACACCUGCGGGAAGGCCUUCCGGGGCAAGAGCGUGCUGACGAACCACGUGCGCACGCACACGGGCGAGAAGCCCUUCGAGUGCUCGACGUGCGGGCGCAAGUUCACGCAACGCACGGCGCUGCGCACGCACUUCAACCUGGUGCACCUGAAGAUCCGGCGCACCGCCAAGAUAAAGCCCGAGCUGCCGCUGGAAGUGCGCGAGCCGCCGAAAUUAGAAUCAGCGCUGCCAAACAUGUUCCCGAAAGCAGAAACUCCCAUCGUCUUCGAGUCGUGGAGCCGGCAGCCCAUCCCGUCGUGUGAGGUCUACUUUCACGUAACUGCCGGGCCUCAGUGACGCCUUAUUGACGAUUAACAUUUUAUUGGUAUAUCAGUGACGCUUUUGACAUUCCUACGGGGCCUUAGUGACAAUGAAGUAUUCAGUGACGUAAUAGUACAUUGUGUAUUGUAGGCGGUAAAUAAGGAAUUACUAACGAGUCCUCUUAGAAGCCCGAAGUCGAACACUGAGGGCUUUCGGAGUGGAGGUCCGUAAUUCGCGUACCGUCCCGUAAACAUACAAUGUUUUUUAUCACAUUUGUACAUAAAUAGUGUGAUUGCAAGCAGGGUAACUUGGCUAUAGUGCCCCAAAUAAAACGCUCGGGCCUUUUUUCUUUUCAUUGCAUGGCGUGUUACAGUCGCGUGCAGCAGAUACAAGCACAGAAUUAUUUUUAAGGUAAACAACGUUUUUAUUCACAGACAUAGAAUAUUAGUUAGUUGAGAAGAGUGACGUCUCAAGGAAAAAUAAAAACCUUUGUGUAUACAAUGAGAUUAUAGUAUUAGAUAAUGUAAACUAUUUGGUUCAACACUCCUGUGAAAUGCGAAGAAAAAAGGUCCGAGGGUUUUAUUUGGGGGUAUUAUAAUCAAAUUCGCCUACAUGCAAACAUACUAUUUACGUGCCAGUGUGAUAAAAAAUUUAGGAGCAGUAGAUCUCCUUGUGAAAGUAUGAGUCACAUUACUGCGUUCCGGUUUUGAA